AUGGCGUCCCCGGAGUAUCAAAUCGUUGAGCUGACCGCAGCCGACUUCGAUGAAUGGUCCGCAGUUUUCCACGCUUACAUUGAGUUUUACAAGAGCACCCUCGAGGAAGAGCAGUACCGCAGGACUUUCGAUCGUAUCAUCGAGAAACGUGAAGGCCUGCAGUGCUUCGUCGUUAAGGAGGUAAACGGCGAGUCAUCGAGGAUUGCGGGGCUCGCCCACUUCUAUCCUCAGCAGACGACAUGGGGUGAAAAGAAGAUUUUAUUCCUGAAUGGCAAGUCCUCAUACAUCCCCAUUCCUAGCCCCUCGUCCAAAUCUGCUCUCCGAGGCAAGGGGCUGGGAAGGCGACUGAUAGAGGCGGUUACCGACGUGGCCAAGAAGGAUGGCCGUAGCUGCGUGCAGUGGUUGACCCAGCACGAGAAUCACACGGCCCAAAGGCUUUACAACAAGGUUGCGGAAAGCGCGUUCAAGGAAUAUCGGAUAAACGUCGUCUCUGCUGUGAUGGGAUCCAUGGAUAAGAACCCGCCGGGUAACCUCCGCCGUCUGUUGCGCAUGAUCUGCAGCGCCGCUACAAUGGGCGACAUGCGGAAACCCAUGCGCGAACUCUACGGCACGCCCGGGUUCUGGAUAUUCGACACCCAAGUGGAAAAUGCCAGCACAGCGCAACCCCUUCACGGCGGCGCGUGCCUUACAGUCGAUACUGGGGUUACAGAUGAACAGGACCCGAGGGUGGCCUCUGCCCAACGUGUGAGACUGGCCUCCGGGUUUUGGAUCAAGUACCUCUUGUGA